CUCUAGGUCUUGUAUACAUUAACGAUAGUCGAAAAUUAGGCGAAAUUUUAAAAAUCCAAGAUUUUUAUUUUGUUGAUGUAGGUGAAAUCUCUUUUGGAAUAGCAAAAAUUCAUUCGUCUUUCAAUAAAUCCUUCGUUACUGCUACGGCAGUUUUUGAUGAUAUCACACAAGGCACAAUAAAUCUAGGGAUGAAGUACAAUGAUUGGUUGAUAAAACGUACGACAGGUCGGAAUUCGGUUACUUGUAAAAAAGAAAAGUUUUCAGAAAACAUCAAGGUAAUUUUUGGCAUCCACGAUUUGAAUAUCAAAUCAUUAACCUGAUAAAUUUCUCCGUUACUGUUAUGCAUCUACCAUGAAUGGUCCACAAUCGUCUGCCAUCUAGCCCCUAGAUAACAAUGCUGAUUUUAGUAAUUUUACUGACGAUGACCUUAAGAGAAUUGUAUACGGGCCAAUCGUCGAAAGCAUGACCAAAGUCAGAUUAAGCGCAGAUAAAGCUAAUAUACACUUCAGGUUAUUUCUCCAUGGAAGUUGCGAUGUUAGCAGAUACAUUUUUAACGAAAUUUUGACCAGUGAUGAGGAGAUUUGGGAGUAUUGCUCUACUUUUACCAAAAGUGAACUUUUUAAAAUUUCUUUGGGAGCUGUCUAUUCAAUAGUAAAUACCUACAAAUCUCAAACGCCCUUCUUUCUUUAUGAUGAACACCGACCCUUAUUCCCUGAUAGCAGACUGUCCUCACCAGAAACAGUGUCGGAGGAAUCCAUUGAUGAUAACGGUGAGAAUGGUGCUUAUGACUUUAUUAUUGGAAUUGAUUUUGGUACCACUUUUUCUGGGUGCUCUUAUGUUCAACUAAAGGAUAAGAGUGGAAUACCUGUGGAUACCAGAGAAAUCAAGACCAUAAAAACGGGGUGGCCAGGAGGCAAUCUAAAUAAGUUCGGAAAGACCCCAACCAUAUUAACGUACGAUGGAGACAUGAAUCUAAAAUAUUGGGGUGAAAAAGCAAGACUGGAAUCCAAACGUCGUAAAGACCUCGACCUUCUAGGAAAUUUCAAAUUGUUUCUAUGUCCAAAAUCUUCGGAGAAUUUUUAUGAUCGCACUGAUAAUCUGGAAGAAUUGAAAGGACAAGGAGGUUUUGUUGAUAACAGAACCCCAAAAAACGUAUUGGAUGUAAUCAAAAUUAUAGCUGACUAUCUCAAUCUUUUCAUAAAUCAUGUUAUUGAGGCAGGGCUUUUGAAAAAAUACAAGAUUAAAUACGUGAUGACUGUACCUGCUAUGUGGAAUUCGGAAGCCCGCGAUAGCAUGGCAUGCACUGCAAUGGCUGCUGGGCUAGUUAAAAAAAAAGAUCUCGACCAGCUUCUUAUAAUCAGUGAACCCGAGGCAGCAGCAUUGUUCUGUAUGAAGAGAAUGACCGAAUAUUUUAAAAAAGAGGAUGAAGAAUUGAACGAUACAAACUUUAUUGUAUGUGAUGCUGGUGGAGGGACUGCAGAGCUGGUUACAUUUAAUUUACAGCUAAACAAAGAAGAAGGCGAUACAUCUUCCACAGAACCAACCAUUCGUCAAAUCGGUGACUAUAUUGGUGAUAUCUGCGGUUCAACUUGUCUGGACGUGAGAUUUAAAAAUUAUCUCCAUGAAUUUUAUAAGAGCUUUGGAGUAGAUAUAGACGAAGAAAAUGUCCCUCUUGACGAUGUUAUACAGGAGUUUGUGAAGAAUUACAAGCUUGACUUUAUGCCUAGUUCGCAAGGCGACUCUUAUUACGACAUUAAUUUGCCCGAAAAGGGGAUUGUAGAUUUUACCGAAAAUUCUACCUACAAAUUGGCUAAUGGGAAUAGGACGCUGAAAAUGAAGAACCAAGAUAUGAAAGAGAAAAUAUUUGACCCUGUAGUUGAUCGUAUUCUUUACCUUAUCGAUGACCAGUUAAACCAAGCAAAAAAAUUAGACAAAAGAAUUGACGCAAUUUUGAUGAUCGGUGGAUUUUCUCAAUCCCCAUACCUGCAACAACGCAUCAAAGACCGGUAUAAAAAUGUGUGUCAUGUUGGCUUUCCUACCGAAAGUGUUGAAGCUAUUUCUCACGGUGCAGUAUCUUACGCCUUAAAUCCCUAUACAAUAUUAGGAAAAACUGCUACACAAUCUUUUGGAUUAGAGGUACAGGCACCAUUUGAUAAAAUCUUGGCGGUAUCAAGUAAGAGGAGAGUGAAAGGUCCCAAUGGAGAUUGGAAUUUUGAAAAAGACCGUAUAGAGUAUUUUGUAAAAAGAGGUCAAUUAUUAAAAGGCGAGCAACAGACAGUUUAUCAAAAAGAUGUAUAUGUUCUAUACCCCAACGCUGCAGUAAUAUGUACUUAUAUUCAUUGUAAGUAAACCUUCACAACUGGCUAAUUUAUAUGUAAGCAAUAUUCUCUUGCGACUCUAUAGAAAAUGCUAACAGUAGGCACCUUACCAAGAGUCAUGCAAAAAUAGGGGAGGCCAAAAUUAUCAUGCCGCAUAUAGUUGGUAUGGACGGAAAAUUAAUUCAGUUCACGGUUAGUCUUCAAAUGAAGCAUAUUGGAGUCAGUGUUACUAUUGAAUGUCAAGAUCAACUAAUCAAUGCAGAAGUUCGAAAAAUCAGCAAAAAUCAAAUGUCCUCUCUUGUAUUUAAACCCAUGUGUAACCUUUAUGUGGCAAGACCCAGAUUUCAAUGAGACUCAUAUUCUUUAGAAAAAACUGGCUAUCUAUUUAAUAUUAGAAAGACCUUAUAAGCAAUAAAAGCAAUGAGGAUUAAAUUGGUUUGUCCUUUAACAACCCAACAAAUCUAAUAUUAUACGCAUAAGACA